CUUUUGUUCUCCAAGCAGUCUGCUUUAGCCGGUGGAGGUCGCAUGUGUAGCGGGAGGCAUUCCGGUGGUGGAAGUACUUUCUUCCAUCAAGAAUGCGACUACGGAGCUCAGUAAUAGAAAACUAUAGCUAGCAACAGUAAGUGUUAUUUUUGAAACGGCGAGGUCGCGAUCUGCACAUACAAGUGUUGGGAACGGGAUCCUUCGAAGUUUUGUUGCCAUAACGAGGGGGUCCCAUCACAUUGGAACAGAACACCAUCAGGACUCCGGCUGCCCACGCAGACGCAGACGCAGCCGCAGACGCCCAAGCAGACGCGGCGGCCCACACAGACGCAGACGCAGUCGCAGACAGGAGGACAGGAGAAUGGCUGCCGACGCACUGACCGAGCCCGGCAGACUGGACAGGAGCGGCAGCUUCUUUAAGCUGAUCGACUCGUUCGCCUUGGAGAUCGGGGAGCUGAAGCAGGAGAUGGUGCAGACGGCCGCGCCCUCGGACCGGGGCCCGGACGCCGAGGUCCUGCAGGGGUUGGAGGGGGAGGUGAGCGGGGUGUACCUGCAGUCCCCCCCCUGCACCGGCUCGGUGGGGGUGCGGGACUCCGGGUACGACUCCCUGCGCAGACGCAUGAGCGUGCUGGACCGACUGACGCAGACGCACCCCGUCUGGCUGCUGCUGUCGCUAAGCGACGAGGAGGCUGCCCGGAUACUGCUGCGGCAGCCGCCGGGGAUGUUUUUGGUGAGGAAGUCGUCCACGCUUCAGAGGAAGGUGCUUUCCCUGCGCGUCGACGAUGCGUCUGGGCCUCCAGUCUGCGACUUCCCCAUGAAGGAGAGCCAGUACACAUUUUCUCUGGAGGGUUCUGGCAUCAGCUUCGCGGACCUCUUUCGCCUGGUGGCCUUCUACUGCAUCAGCAGGGACGUCCUGCCUUUCACCUUGAGGAUUCCGGAAGCCAUCGCUGCGGCCAAGACCCAGGCGGACCUGGAGGAGGUGGCCCAGCUGGGCGCAGUGUUUUGGGACUCCCCCCUGUGCAGCCGGAGGAGGAGCUCAGGGUCCCUGCCCCGCACGGCGGUCCAGGGCAACGUACAGCUGAGACGCCCGCCGGAGGGACAGACGCCCCCCCAUCCCCCCCCCACGGCCCCGCGGCCCCGCACCCCGUCCCAGUCCAGCGGGGCUCUCUGCUUCGUCAACCCCCUCUUCCUGCAGGCCCACCGCGGCGAGGGGGACCCCAGACCGGCGGGGCCGCCCGGCGCAGUCGCCGUCACCCCCGGCAACAGCAGCGCCAGCAGCGGCGGGAGCCAAACCGUCAGGAAGCUGCGCCCCCCUCCACCCCGCCCGCCGCCCCCCCGCACGCUACCCCGCCGGCCGCCCCCCCCGCCCAAGCAGAGGAGCAUGCCUGAAGCGACCGGCUGGGCCAGGCACCAGCCCGAAAAUCACCAGCAACAAGAGCAGCAGCCACAAAAUCAGCAGCAGCAGCAACAGCCACAAAAUCAGGAGCAGCAGCAGCAGCCCCUACAAACACGCCGAAGCUUCAUGGGCUCCAAGCUCAGCGGCCGCUCCUCUUCCUCAUCCUCCGCCUCGUCCUCCCCGCCCAAAAAGGUCAGCGCGCCCAUCCCGGUGCCCCCGCCCCGCAUGAAGAAGCAGGUGAGCGCCCCCGACCUGGACGGGCACCGCUGCCAGAUCGCCCUGGAGGACCAGACCAUCGAGCAGGCCCUGUCCCGCAGCCGGGCCAAGGUGCUCCUCAGGGUCCCCGCCGUGGACCACGGCAGCCCCAGCCCCCCCGGGGGGGGCGGGACGGAGCUGCGGAGAGCGGGCGGGGAGGGGGAGGGGGAGGAGGAGGAGGAGGGCCGGGGCGGGGGCCGGGGCCAGAGGCUGAGCGACAUGAGCAUCUCCACCUCCUCCUCCGACUCGCUGGACUUCACCCACGGCUUCUCCCUGCCGGAACCCGACCCGGCCGGCCGCCGCGACAGCAGCGAGGAAGAGGACGAGGAAGAGGAGGAGGACUACGGCGUGAGCGUGGAGAGCGACCAGGAGGGGCUCCACCCCCACCCCCCCUUCAACAAGUCCUUCAGGAAGCGGCGCGGCGGCGGCGGCGGCGGCGGUGGGGGCGGAGUCGGCGGCAGCCCCGCCUUCAUCCUGCCCCAGGCGCUGAAGGGCCACCUGCGCAAGAUGAGCGGCGUCUUCAACUCCUUCAUGACGCCGGAGAGGCGGGCGGUGCGCCGCAUCGCCGAGCUGUCCCGGGACAAGGGCUCCUACUUCGGCUGCCUGGUGCGGGACUACGUGGGCUUCCUGCAGGAGAACGCGGGCUGCCACACCUCCGGCCUGGACCUGCUGCAGACGCUGCGCCAGUUCGUCACGCAGAUGAAGGCCUACCUGUGCCAGAGCUCCGAGCUGGACCCGCCCAUCGAGUCCCUCAUCCCCGAGGACCAGAUCGACCAGGUGCUGGAGAAGGCCAUGCACAAGUGCGUGCUGAAGCCGCUGAAGGGCGUGGUGGACGCGGCUCUGCGGGACUUCCAGGUGAGCAGCGGGGCGUGGCAGCAGCUGCGGGAGAACCUGGCGCUGGCCAAGGCCAAGCGGCCGCAGGAGCUGGGCGUGGACGGCGCCCUCCCGCCCGACCCCGUCGCCAUCGAGAAGAUCCGCCACAAGUUCCACAACAUGUGCAAGAUGUACUCGCCCGAGAAGAAGGUCACGCUGCUGCUCCGGGUCUGCAAGCUCAUCUACACCAUCAUGGAGGACAACUCAGGGAGGAUGUACGGGGCGGAUGACUUCCUGCCCAUGCUGACCUACGUCCUGGCGCAGUGCGACAUGCCCCAGCUGGACGCUGAGAUCCAGUACAUGAUGGAGCUGCUGGAUCCGUCUCUGCUGCACGGAGAAGGCGGGUACUACCUGACCAGCGCAUACGGCGCCAUGUCGCUGAUCCGGAACUUCCAGGAGGAGCAGGCGGCCCGCGUGCUGAGCUCAGAGACCCGGGACACGCUGCACCAGUGGCACCGCCGCCGCACCGCGCAGCGCACCAUCCCCUCCGUGGACGACUUCCAGAACUACCUGCGCGUGGCCCUACAGGAAGUGGACAGCGGCUGCACAGCUAAGACGCUGCUGGUGCAGCCCUACUCCACCACCGAGGAGGUGUGCCUGCUCUGCGCCCACAAGUUCAAGGUGCCCGACCCCGAGAACCACGCCCUGUUCCUCCUGACGGAGGAGACCGGCCAGCAGCUGGCGCCGGACACGCACCCGCAGAAGAUCAAGGCGGAGAUCCACAGCCGGCCGCACACCCAGCCCUUCCACUUCGUGUACCGUCGCGUGCCCAACCUCAACCUGCAGGCGUCCGCCGACCAGCAGAACGGAAACCUGCUGCCCAACUGAAGCUCCGCGGGGGGGUGGGGGGGG